AUGAUUCACCGCCUUAAUAGCAGUUUUCCGUCACCGCCUCUGUCGUUCCUGCAAAGGCAGCUGCUUUGGAAGUACCCCUUUUCACCACCGUCCUUCUCUGCUUCUGCCUCGCUUCGGACCUCUCCUGUUCCUGCUUCUCUUCUCCUCUCACUAAAUAUAAACUAUGAAAUGGGACUACUCCGUCGAUCUUCUACAGCGGCACCGGAAGCCGUUGUGCAUACGACUCAUCUCACCACUCUCACUCAGGAGAAAAAAAGAGGAACGAAAGAGCUGGAUUUGAUGAACAUGACAACUGAUCAGAGGAUGCAGCAACCUCCCCAAACGGCUUUUCCGGCCUCGAUCGGUGGAUUGUAG